UUAUAAAAGAGCCGGGUUUUGAAUUUAUUUGCUUUUUGGUGGAGUCACGUAUUCCCGGUUCCCGGAGCCCUGGGAGCCCUUGGAGCAUCCCCAGCCCGGCGGGUGCAGCUCCGGUGACUCACAGGGGGAACACAGAGCCCAGGACGGACUCUGAGCCUGGAAAACGCUCCCUGGGAAGAGUCCGUAAGGAUGAAUGGCUCCGAGCUCGCCAGCACCACGGCAUCCAGUCCCAAAUCCAAGGAGGAGCCGGGGGUGAACGGGCACGAUGAGAAGGAGAACAACCCCUUCGCUGAGUACAUGUGGAUGGAGAACGAGGAGGACUUCAACAGGCAGGUGGAGGAGGAGCUGCAGGAGCAGGAAUUCCUGGACCGCUGCUUCCAGGAGAUGCUGGAGGAGGAGGACCAGGACUGGUUCAUCCCGUCCCGGGACCUGCCCCAGGGCGUGGGGCAGCUGCAGCAGCAGCUCCACGGGCUCUCGGUGGGGGACGGCCACGGCUCCGAGGACAUUCUGAGCAAAAGCAACUUGAAUCCAGAUGCCAAGGAGUUUGUGCCGGGAGUGAAGUACUGACAGGCCAGGCCUGGAGAGAGACUGAAUCCCUGCUCCAGGGAGUGCCAGGGGAUAGAGGGGGGACAGCCCGGCUGGACUCGGCGCCGGGAUCUGCUCCAGCUUCAAGUACCUGUUUUUUUCCUCCUUUAUUUUUUUUUUUAACACUUUGUAUCGUCCCAUCACCUUUUUUUGGCGGUUUUUUGCUUCCUGGGACGUGUGGCCCUUUGGGCCUGUCCUGGAUUCCAGCCUCCCCCUGCUCCAGAGGCCCAUCCCUGCGUGUGCUUCAGCCCUGCUAGUGGGAAAACCCUGGGAAAACCCUGGGAAAACCCUGGGAAAAUCCCGGGAAAUGGGGUGUGCUCGUUCCAGUAGGAUUUUUAGGGAUCCCCUGCCAGCAGCCAGCCCGGGCUGGGAGCUGCACCCACCUUCCCCCAUCCCCUUAAAGCAGAUUCCUUCACCCCAGGUGAAGUGCACCAGGCUGGGAUCCCGAAAUCCCUCCGGGAGGAGCUGCCCUGGCUCCACGAGGGAAGCUGAGCCCUCAUUCCCACAUUCCCAUGCUGGCAGGAGGCUCCUUCCUGCUCCAGCAGUUCUGGGGGUGCUCGGGGGGGCCCAGACCCCCCUGGGCAUCAACCCCUGGGAAGGGCAGCUCCUCCCAAACUCCCCCUCAGGGAAUUCCCUCCCCAGCUCUUGAGCUCAUCCAGCACUGCAGCCCGUGGCUCUGAAGCCUCAUCCUAAUUCCUCUGGGAUAGAAAUCCAUUCUUGGCACAGGGGGAGGGGUUGUGGAGCAGCUUCCCUGGGGGAGGAGUGGGAUCCUCCUUUGGGAUGAGCCCCGAGGAGCCCCCAGGAGGGAUGUUUUUGGGAGGGGAUGGGCAGAGCCUGGUGCUGGUCCCUUUUCCAAGGCUCUGGUGCUGCCUCAGGGCAGAGCCCCUGGAGCAGCUGCUGGAGCAGGAUCCGUGUCUCCCUCAGCUGAGCUCCUGGGAACCCUCUUCCCCACCCAUGGGGGCUGCAGCUCCCAAACCACGGCCCUGGGCACUUCCAGGGGUCCUAAAUCAUGGGCUUCACGGGAUCCUUCAGAGAGCUGGGGCUGGAAAUCCCCUUCCAGGGCGAGUGGGAGCUCCUGGGGGGCAGAAAUCCCUGUCCAGAGAAAGCAGGAGCUCCUUGGGGUAGGAAGUCCCUAUCCAGGAAAAGUGGGAGCUUCCCAGGUCAGAAAUCCCUGAGAAAGCAGGAAGUUCCCAGAAAUCCCUAUCCAUGAAAAGUGGGAGCUCUUUGGGGUCAGCAGUCCCUGCCCAGGGAACACAGGAGCAUCCCAGGGCAAGAAAUACUCAUCCAGAAAAAUCAGGAACUUCCUGGGGUUGGAAAUCCAUGAGAAAACAGGAGCUUCUCCAGGUCAGAGAUCCACAUCCAGGGAAAGUCAGAGCUUCCCAGCUCAGAAAUCCAUGAGAAAGCAGGAGCUGCUCGGGGCCAGAGAUCCUUGUGCAGAGAAACCAGGAACCUCCUGGGGUUGGAAAUCCACGUCUGGGGAAAGCAGGAGCCUCCCAGGGGCAGAAAUCCCCAUCCAGGGGAAGUUGGGAGCUCUUUGAGGCCAGAAAUCCCUAUCCAUGGAAAACGGGAGCUUCUUGGGGUCAGAGGUCCCUGUCCAGAGAAACCAGGAGCUUUCUGGGCUUGGGAAUUCCUAUCCAUAGAAAGUGGGAGCUCCUGGGGGUCAGAAAUCCCCCCAUUCAGAGAAAAAGGGAGCUCGUCAGGGUUGUAAAUCCAUGGAAAUCAGGAGCUCCCGAUCCAGGACAAUGAGCACAGUUCCCGUUAUAAAUCCAUGGAAAGCAGGAGCUCCCGAUCCAGGACAAUGAGCACAGUUCCCGCUGGAUGAGCCGCUGCUCAUCCGUGUAAAUCCCGCUCCCGGGCGCGGUUCCUCCCCCAUCCCCGGCCCUAAAGGAGCCGCUAAUGGAUGGGGACGGGGAUCCUGAUGGCCAUUAACUCGUGGGGCCGUCGGACCGUGAAUUCCCAGCUCCCGGGGCGCUCCGGGGCCUCCCAGCUGUCCCAGCUCCGGCUGCGGGGCUCCAUCCCGGCGCUCAACCCCGGCGGAGCCACGGUCCCAUCCAAAUAUCCCAGGCUGGGGCGAGUUCCCCCCGUUCCCGGUGCCUCCAGCGGCCGGAGGCUCCCCCCGGCCGGGCAGGAUGGGAUCCGGGGCGCCGGGAUGGGCAGCGGGAACUGGGAUGGGCAGCGGGAACUGGGAUGGGCAGCGGGAACUGGGAUGGGCAGCGGGACACCGAGCGAACCCCUGGAGCGAUCCCACACUCCCCCCUUCCCUUUUCCCGGUUUCCCUUUGAUUUCCUACUCCUUCCUACCCCCCUCCACGUGCUGUAAAUUUCGGACAAGGCGUUAUCAAAAAUAAACUUUUUUUGGAAGGGA